CCCCUCACAACCGCUUCAGUUUGGUCAAGGCACGGUUCAAGUUCAUUCUUAUUUAGAUGCCACUUGAACUGGACGGAAAGUUCUGAACUAUGUUAUUGGUGACUAACCUCUGGUCUUACUAAACUGUUUGUCCACUGAUAGGAAAGUAAGGAUGGGCGGGGAAAUAUGGUCGCACCAACUGGACUACUUCCUGACAUUGAUGGGCUACACGGUCGGAGUUGGAAGCAUUUGGAAGUUCCCCUACAUGUGUGCAAGGAAUGGCGGGGGUAGUUUCCUUAUCCCGUUCAUCAUCUUCACUCUGCUGGGGUCUGUACCACUGACGUAUCUGGAGAUGUUCGUGGGCCAGUACUCUCGAGGUGGACCAAUCAGCGCAUGGAAAAUAUGUCCGCCAUUGCGAGGGGUUGGCCUGGGUUCAGUCAUGAUAUCCUGGUUAUUCGCCAUCUACUACCCAGUCUUCUUCGCCUGGAUUCUAUACUACCUCUACUUCUCCUUCUUCCCCACUCUGCCUUGGACACAGUGCAACCAGGAGUGGAACACACAGAACUGUGUCGACGGGACGUCACACAUCAAUAGAACAUUGACAGCCUACAACUCCACAGCCCUUCACAGCAACUUCUCAGACUACGGGAUAAAGACUACGCUCGGCAGGUUGACAAACUUGUCGACUGGAAAUGAAAGUCAUGUAGAAAUCUCGGCCUCCGAAGAAUUCUUUCGAAACCAAGUUCUAGAUAUAUCAGAUGGUGUGGAGAAUAUGGGGACACUAAGAUGGCCGCUGAUCGGUUGUCUUGCGGUGACCUUCCUGUCUGUAUAUUUGUGCCUACUCAAUGGGGUCAAAUUAUCUGGCAAGAUCGUGUACGUCACAGUGUCCUGUCCCUACAUCCUCAUCCUGGUGUUCCUGGUCCGCAGUUCCUCCCUCCCCGGUGCUGUAGACGGUGUCAUGUUCUUCAUCAUGCCACACUUUGAAAAACUUAUUGAUCCAAAGGUGUGGAUGGAGGCACUCGGACUGAGUUUGUAUCAAAUGGGAAUUAGCUACGGGUUCCUAAUAACAAUGGCAGCCCACAACCCAGUCAACAACAACUGUUUUAGGGAUGCGUUAUUCAUCACGGUGAUCACGCUGCUGUCACAGAUAUUCUUCGGCUUCGCUGUGUUCUGCAUCACCGGGCAUGUGGCGUUUAAACGUGAUGUCCCCAUCGAACACUUCCAGACCUCAGGCUUCAAGCUGGGUUUUAUUACAUAUCCGGAGGCAGCCUCAUAUCUCCCCUUGCCUCAGCUUUGGUCCGUCUUCUUGUUUGUGAUGCUUUAUACAUUAGGAAUAGACAGUUUGGUUCCAUCUUAUGAAGUUGUGACAAACAUGUUCAGUGAAUGGUUCCCGAACUUCGCCAGACGACGAUGGCUCCUCAACGCCUGCGUGUUGUUCCCGUCCUUCCUGCUAGCCCUGCCCUACAUGACACAGGGCGGGGUAUAUUUCCUCACUCUUGUGGAGUGGUAUGCUUUUUUCCCUGCUAUCAUCCUUUUCGCUAUGUUGGAAUGCGUCGUUGUCGGCUGGAUAUAUGGAGUGAAGAGGAUAGACAAGGCUAUGGUGUUACUCUGGGGCAAACAUCUGUCCCCGAUCAUAUCAUUUCUGUGGAGAUUUGCCUGUCCGAUUCUAUUAGCUGUCAUGUUCGCCUUCUCGCUGUACUCCUACCACCCACCCCAGUUUGAAGAGUACAACUUUCCUCCGUGGGCCAAAUGGUUCGGAUGGCUUAUUUCAGUUGCCACCGUCAUCCCCACCCCAAUCCUCCUCAUCCAUUCCGUGUACACGGCCCCGGGAGAUUCCUUACGCGAGAAAAUACGCAUCGCCUUCCAGCCUAAGCACAGAUGGGCGACACACGACCCUGAUACUGAUGAAGAUGGAACGACUCCUACGACGAUCGAACUGAUAGCAAAAACAUGAGCACUAAAUCAGGGUUACAAUUUUCCCCAAUGUGCCGAACUUUUGUGAUAUUGUUUCAUGUUUGGGAUUCGAACCCAAACCACAAGGGAGACUAUUCUACCCAAUGACUGUUAUCCUCCUUAUAUCAGCAAGACCAUCAUUCAUGAUAAUGUACUCGUCCUUCCAUUCCCCACACGUGUUCUGCUGACAUAUCACACCAUAGACAUCUAUCGGUCAAGUGUUUUUGUGCUAAAACGUUCAAUAUAUCCGAAACAGAAAUUUCGCCAUUGCGUUUGCUUCCAGUGUUAUCAACUUUACCUCAUAGUUGCAAAUUUAAUUUAAUCCACACGAGUAUGUUUUUACAUUAUGUUAACAUCAUCAUUGUAUCAUUGGAGGUGAAAUGGGGUUUUAACGUUACAUCCAUAAUUAGUGCAUUUACAUAGCGACGUACAUGCACGCGUGUCGACUCUAUAGUGCCAGCCCACUGAGAUACCAUGCCGCAGUUUAACAUGAACACCCCACUCAGACACAGUAUACUGACUCCGUAGCCGACCAGUCAUUGUUUUAUCCCCUUUAUGCCGAGCGCCAGACAGGGUAACAAAAAGAACCAUCUUUUAACGUCUUUUGGUAUGACGCGGCCGGGGAAUCCCUUGACCUUCCGCUCUCCGGGGGAUGCUCUACCGCCAGACCACAGUCGGUCCUUCAUUGCCUAUUAUUUAGCAUUUCGUUACUGUUUAUAUUUCAAUUGAAACGAUUUGGUUUUCAAUAACCUACUUUUAAAUAACCCACUUCAUGAUUUAGUUUCCCGGUGAGGAUUCCGAUAUGGAACAUGUGCGGAAUGCCCAAUGCUUUAUUUGUUUGUUGUUAUUGUUAUCGAUAUUUGCUCAUACUAUCAACCACUGACGCGCCUGACCCAGACUCGCUACCUUGUCGAAGCUGGAAACACAUGGCUGAUAGCGGAGAAAAACAACAUUAAUUUACUGGUAUUUUUCGUAUAACGGAUAACCGCUCUAUGGAGUCAGUUAAAACUGAUAUGUUCCUAUUUAUAACAUGUUCUGAAUCAUAUUCCACUAGGUGAGAGAGUGUACUGCUUCAUCAAUGCCCGCAUCAUCAAUCUUGCAAUCUUAUUAAAAUCACAUCUUUUACCCCGAUAUGAAGCCACUCUGAGCGACCUUUGAGCGAAUGAAGGAUGCUUUGGGUUUUGAGCCAAUCAGAUGUCAGCUUUCUAAAAAUGUUUCAUUUCUAUGCGGAAUCUCAAAAACAUAUCAAUUCGGAAUUUCGAUUUUAACAAACGAAAACUAACUCUGGACAGAGAUACGGGUUUUGAGUGUUGGUACGAUGGUGCUCAGAAACGACAGGGUGAAUACAAUAUUCACAACAAUAACAUGGCGCGGACUGUGAUAUGUUCAUUCGGGAAAGGUAGUUUACUUCGUUUUCGAGAUUACCCGUGAAGAUCCGGUUUAGAAUUGGUCUUCAUUAAAUCAUGCUUUACAUAACAUGAUUAUCGUAAGAGGCGACUAACGGGAUUUGGUUGAUGCAUGAAAACAUAUCCUAAUUGCAGACGGUUUCAUAAUACUGUCCAUGUUAACGAGGUUUCAUUCGGACUGUAAAUAGCAUGUCGAAACCUUAUCUUAAGGUAAACCUAUUUUGCUUUCAGCGAAACGUACCAAUCCAACUUAUUCCAAUUCAUGGUAUCCAUUCCUUGUAAGGCUUUUCAUUUUGUAUGGUGCACGUGUUGAGUACAUGUCCAAAUUUGACGUAUUGGUAACAAAAAUAAUGUCAGAUGCUAUUUGCUGUUGUGACGUACCACGUUUCCGUGUUUGCACAGGUGAACAGUUGACAUGCCUUUGCAUGUGUUUCUGACGGGUGCCACCGAUGGGGCAGGAUACAAACCUAUUCGCGAACACCUGGUGUCUUUACUACUUGAGAGUGAUUCGUAAACACAUGCUCGUGAUAUAAUCGGAAUCGUACAAUGGAUUCAGAUUUUAGAAGAUAGUUUUUAGGAUUAUAAAAAACGUUUUUAUUAACAUUGGGGUGAAAAUCCGAAGAUAUGUAUGUGGCUUCACUUGCGAAGUUAUCAUCUAAGAAGUUGUUUCUAUUGCGUAUUGCUGUUAUAUUGCGAAGUUGUAUCCUCGCGUACGGGAGAGUGGAUAGUUGAAGCUCUCGUAAAAUAUAUCGUUAGUCCAAGAUUUUAAAGGGUCGCUACUAAUAACGAAUUGCUAUAAACAGAUAAACUACCGAUCAGUGAUUCAAGUCCAUGUAAACAGAUCCUCUUUAUAUAACACUGCAUGAUAGCGUGGUGUUGUGGAGUCGUUCUUGUAUUAAGAGCGACAAAAUGCUCUUGUAGAGCUUCAACAUUCUACAUAUUUGUUUACUAUACGUACUGUGUAAACACAAAUCUUCUAUGGAAAUAAAAUUAUCGAGUAUCAAG